AUGAUUCCAGUAAAAUAUCAUUUAUUUAAUUAAUAUUAAAUCGAAAUAAAUCAACACUCUUAUCUAAAAAAAUAGAGUUAACCUAAAAAGAUUUGUAUUUUAUUAUUUAAUAUUAUAUCUUUGCUGUUUCUACUUAUUCUGACUCCGCUUGCUCUAUGCUUUGACUUACAAAUAAAUAUAUGCUCACUUUGUUCAUUAUAUUUAUUAUUAAAUUUACUGAUUCAAACAAAUUUAGCUUAUUUUAAAGGAGGUGAAUUAGUCAGUGAGAGAAAUCUUAUUGCUAAAAGAUACUUUUCUUAAUUUAGUUCAUGGGUUGAUGUAAUUUUAUUGCUGAUAACUGUAAUUGCAUGUUUUUACUAUGAAUUGAGAUAUCUUUCAAUAUUUAUAAUUCUAAAAUUUAACGAUGUAAUAUAUUAUUACGAUAAGGUUGUAGAAUUAUUUGAAAUCAAUUAGAAAUAUCAGCAAUACACAGUUUUUUUAAGGAUAGUUAUUAUGAUUUUAUUAUUAGCUCAUAUUUCAGGAUGCAUAUUCAUUCUAAUUGGUUAAUAAUCCAAAUAUAAUCAAUCAUGGCUUACUAAAUUUCAAAAUUAAGGAGAUAUUGAUAUUUAUGUUGCUUCUAUAUUUUGGUCUAUUAUAACUAUGAUAACAAUUGGAUAUGGUGAUAUUGUUCCAUAAUCAACAAACGAAAGAGUUUAUGUCAUAUUUGUAGCUUUUGUUUCUUGCGGUGUCUUUGCUUAUUCUAUAAAUACAAUAGGUGAAACAGUAAGAGAAAAGAAGAGAAACGAAGAAGAAUAUAAUAAAAAAAUAGUUUAAUUACAGCUUUUUAUGAAGCAAAGAAGUAUAACUAGAGAGCUGAGAGAUUAAAUUUUCAGGCAUUAUUCGUUUCUCUUGAAAUAAAAAUCUUCAAACGAUUAAACUGGGUUAUAGAUAAUAGGCUAAAUGCCUGAAUCUAUUAAGCAAACUGUUUAAAUAGAACUGUAUUAUACAUUAAUAAAGAGUCAGUAAUAUUUUUCAUAGACAUUUGACUCUAAAUUUUUAUAUAAUCUGUGCUCACUAGUUAAAGAAAUUUAAUUAGGGGCUGGAAUGGAAGUAGAUGAGACUGUAUUUCCGUCUAAAGAAUCCUUUAACGAAAGUCUUCUAUUUGUGAUAUAAGGAGAUGUUGGAUUCAGCUUUUCUUAGAAAGUCAGCUCAGGCCAUUAUUCAGGCUAGAGAUACAAAAGAGGUGAAGUAAUAAAUCUAGAACUGUUUGUAACUGGAUAAUAACCUAGUAUAGUUCCCAAAUUUAAAACAUUCUCAGCAACAAAUCUAGCAUACUUAGAAAGAUCAUCAUUUCUAUAGCUUCUAAAUGAUUUUCCUGAAGAAAAAGAGAAGUUUUUUUUAAGCUAAGAUAAAGUUAGCUUUUUUAAGCUAAAAAAUAUUUUAAACUUGAACUGUAAAAGCUGUGGGAAAUUAUAUCAUUACUCUUAUGAAUGUCCCUAUAUCCACAAAAUAAUGAAUAGAGAUUAAAUAAUAUAUAAGACAAAUAUUUCAACUUAUUAAGAAAGAGAUGCUAGCCAUUAACGUAAACGAUCAAAGGAUUUUUCUGCUUUUAAAUAUUUAAUGGUUGAGUUAUCUCCAGAUUGUAAUGCUUAAGUCAAAGAAUAGUCGACAAAUAAACUAAUUACAUAAAUAGGAGGUGCAACAUUAUUAGAAUAAAGUAUAGCAAAUUAAAUUGGAAUUCAAACAGGAACUAUAAUAGUGACUCAGCCACAAGUGAAUGAUUUACUAUCAAAUUAACUAAUUUGUUCUUAAAAAAAUGGUUUUAAUUAAAACAAUAUUGGUCAUCAAGAUAUAACAAGUCUACUGCAACCAUAUUCAGUUUCUGAUGUUAACAUCUAAAUUUCUCAUAUCAAGCCAUCAUUACAGAGCUUAAAAAAGAUUGAAUUAUUAUAAAAAAGUAAGUAAAGAUUAAAUAAUUUAAAUCAAAGAGCCUUAGGUUCUCAAGGACUUAUAUAACCUUAAUCAGACUUGGUUUUUAAUUCAUAAAACUAUAAGCAAAAGUUACAGAAUCAAGAACCUGAAGUUUAUUAUGAUUCUUCCUUAGAUACAAGUGAAAUGCAUCUAUAAUAACCUAUGCAUAUUAAUAGUUUAGCUCCUUUUCAUUAGUAUUUUCAUGAAGAAGAUCUAUAUACCUAUUAAAGCUUACCAUCAAGUAUAGAUCACUAGCUGGUUACUUAAAAGAGUAGUAUAACACAAAAUGUCUCUUAAAACUAAAAAUUGCCAGCUAGAAAUAUUACUUAUAUAUAAAAAGUGCCUUAAUCACCUUACAAAUAAAAUGCUUAUGAUGAAGCUAAACUCUUUUUCGGAGAAACCUACUCCUAAAAUUUUUCUUCUUUUUCAAAUUAAUACAUAUCUUAAAAAAAUACAGAAGAAUUUAAAGGUAAUGAACAAAAUACUAUGGGAAAAAUAUAUAGUGAUUUGAGUGUUAGUAUAAAGCCAGAAUCCUUAAGGUAAUCAAUAAGUAAAAAAAAUCCUUAAAAUUCAGUAAAUGUAGGAUAAAAGUAAAAUUCUUUUAAAACAUUUAUGACUGGUGGAAUUUUGAAACAAUUAGAAAAUAGAUAAGAGAAUAGCAUGAAAAAAUAAACAUCCUUAGCUAACUAAAUUUAUCACACAUAUUAAAAUUUAUAUCAAAUUUUGGAUGAAAAAUGUUUUGAAAUAGAUGUAUAAAAAAAUUUUUUGAUUUAUUUUCCUCAAUGUAACUAUGACACUGUUAUCAAAAAAUAUAAUAUGAAAAAUAUGAAAAACCAAAAGAAACCACUUUUAAAAGCUAGAGCCUAUUCAUUUAACAAGAAAGAUUAAAUAUCCAAAUAAUAAUAAUUAUAGCAUAGGCCUUCAUUUAUAUAAACAAGCACAAAUAAAUAAAAGGAAUUAAGUAUACUUAAUAAAUGA